AUGCAGUCUAAACAGAAAGCGGCAUUAGGUAUCAAUGGCACGCGUAUCUCUGGAAUCGCCGUCAGAAAGGAAAACGUGACAGCGGCUACGGCUGUGGCGAACAUUGUGAAAUCCUCUUUGGGUCCUAUCGGGCUUGAUAAAAUGCUGGUUGAUGAUGUUGGGGAUGUUUGCGUGACUAACGACGGGGCGACGAUUUUGAAGAGCUUGGAGGUGGAGCAUCCCGCAGCGCGGCUGCUGGUGGACCUCGCUCAACUUCAGGAUCGCGAAAUUGGGGAUGGUACGACCUCCGUUGUCAUCCUCGCCGCCGAGCUGCUCAAACGCGCAUAUGAGCUUGUGACCCGUGGUAUCCAUGCCACGUCGAUUAUCGCAGGGUAUAAAUUGGCGUUGCGCGAAGCCCUGCGAUAUCUUAACGAUAACCUGGUCCGCACUGUGGACAGCCUUGGCAAGGAUGUACUCUUUAAUGUCGCGCGCACCUCCAUGUCGAGUAAGAUCCUAAACAACGAUGCUGAUCUUUUUUCUAAAAUCGUAGUAGAUGCCAUUCUCUCUGUGAAGACCGUCAACGACUUUGGGGAUGUGGUAUACCCCCGCAAGGCGGUGUCGGUUCUUCUUCAACACGGCCGCAGUCUGCACGAGUCCUGUCUGGUACAGGGCGUCGCCAUGAAUCUUUCCCGUGCGGCGCAAGGCAUGCCGUCCUCGGUGAAGAACGCCAAACUCGCCUUGGUCGAUUUCGACCUCCGCGCGGUGAAGAUGAAGCUUGGGAUGAACAUUACCAUCACCGACCCCUCCAAGGCCGAGGCGAUUCGCCAACGGGAGCUUGACAUCACGAAGGAGCGGAUUCAGAAGAUGAUUGCGGCCGGGGCGAAUGUCAUUUUGACCUCCUGGGGGAUUGAGGACAGCAUGAUGAAGUACAUGGUCGACGAGGGCAUCCUCGGCGUGCGGCGUGUCAAAAAGGACAACCUCCGCCGGAUUGCCAAGGCGACCGGGGCCACCAUCGUCCACACCAUGUCCGACCUGGAGGGCGAGGAGGUCUUCGAGGCCAAGUGGUUAGGGUCCGCCGAGAAGGUCUACGAGGAGCACAUCGGCGAUGACGAUUGCAUCGUCAUCGCGGGGACGACGAAUACGGUCUGCGCCACCAUCAUAUGCCGCGGUGCGAAUUACUUCGUCCUAGAGGAGAUGGAGAGGGCGUUGAAUGAUGCCUUGUGGGCCGUCGCGCGGGCGUGCGAUGCGAGUUCGGUGGUGGCCGGGGGGGGCUCGGUCGAGGCCGCGCUUUCCACCUAUUUGGAUCACUUCGCCCGUACCCUGAGCUCCCGCGAGCAGCUCUCCGUGGCGGAAUUCGCAGAGUCGCUGUUGGUGAUCCCCAAGACUUUGGCUCUGAAUGCGGCUCUGGAUGCGACCGAUUUGGUUGCGAAGUUACGUGUCGAGCACAACGAUGUGCAGAGUAGCGGGCAAAAGAGCGAUAAGCGUUUCACGGGGCUUGAUCUCCACAACGGGACUCUGCGGGAUAACAUAAAGGCCGGUGUGUUGGAGCCAACCCCGAGCAAGAUUAAAUCGCUGAAGUUCGCCACGGAGGCGGCUAUUACAAUUCUGCGCAUAGAUGACUGCGUUCGGCUCAAUCCAGAAGAAGAAGAACAGCAGCGGUAG